AUGGGUACAACGCAGCUGCUCAUCACGCGAAUCCCAUUUUUUCGGGAUGUCGUUAUUUCCUCGUUUGAGUGUGGUUUUUGUGGCUUCGCAAACCGGUCAGUAGACCCAGCUGCACCAGUACAAGACAAAGGAAAAGCGUUCACUUUGGAUGUUCGGUGUGCCAGAGACUUAAACCGUCGUAUUAUUCAACCCAGCCAUUCGGAAAUACGUAUUCCCUCUCUUGAUUCAUCAUUUCCAAGCAGCGAGUCUGUUUUGACAACAGUCGAGGGCGUCAUCACCGGUAUCAUUGACAAGCUUCAGCUUCUUCAACCAGAGCGAAGGAAAACUGAUCCGAAGCAAGCUGAACUCAUCGAUGCAUUUAUUGAAAAGCUUCGUGACCUUCUAAAAGUAAAAACUCCCUUUGUUUUGGAAUUGAACGACCCAUCAGGAAACGGAUAUAUUGAAAACCUUCACGCACCACUUGACGAUCCCCAAAUUACAUGUGUGGAAUACACUCGGACUACUGCUCAAAAUAAACUGCUUGGUCUUGCAUCAGAUGACGCUCCUGAAGACAAGACGGUCGAUUCUGAGGAAGAAAACGUGAAAGAUUCCGUCUCGACAUUCCAAGGCUUAUGUCCCAAUUGUCGUCACGAUUGCCCCACAAACAUGAAGAUCGUUGACAUUCCGUACUUCCAAGAGGUAAUAAUAAUGGCCAUAACUUGUGACCUUUGUGGUUAUCGCAGCAAUGAAGUCAAGUCAUUUGCGGGUAUUCGCGAGAAGGGGAAGCGAUUCCGGCUGCUCAUCGCAGACAAGAGUGAUUUAUCUCGUGACAUCCUCAAGUCAGACACAGCUAGCGUCUCGAUACCCGAGCUGCAAAUUGACACUCUUCCAGGCACUCUGGGGGGUCGUUUUACGACGGUUGAGGGGCUUCUCGUCCUAAUGAAGGAUGAGGCAAGUCAGGUCCUCGCCUUGUCGCGGAAGGAUGUUCACCUAGUGUUGAACGAUCCCACCGGCAACAGCUACCUUCAAAGCCUAAGUGAAGGAGUACCUGAUCCACGCCUGGAGGUAGAAGAGUAUCAACGAAGUCGAGAACAGGAUGAAGAAUUGGGUCUCACCGACAUGAAAACCGAAAACUACUGA